GCGGCGGCGGCGGCGGGAGCGGGCGGCGGCGGCGGGAGCGGCGACCAGGACGGAGGCGGAGACCGAAGGGGACUGUCCACUGGUCGCUGCGGAGAGGCGUGCGAAGGCCGAGUAGAGCCCCGAGGACCUUGCUGCUCCGGCGCGGCCGCCAGCCACAGCCUUCUCUCUGGCAGCAGCGGCUGCGCGGCGACCCCCCAUCAUCCUUCCACCGCCCCUGGCCACCCCGUCUCCCGCAGCCUUCCUCAUCUCAGCUUCACGCCCGGCCUGGCCGGCCGCGGCCCUCCUCGGUGCCGGCAGCCAUGGCAGAGGCGUCCGGCGCGAGGAAAAUCUAGCCCGGGGAUUUCAUGCGGCCUAGCUCGGUUCCGUCUCCUCCCCCCGCAGCCCCGGCGGCUGCCCGCACCCCAGCCCCACUCCGGGCCUCCGUGUCUCUCCUGUGAUCGUACUGACACGGCCGGGGGGUUAGAAUGGAACAAACUGAAGGCCCGAUGAGAGAAAGGGAAAGUUAAGGAUGCUGGAGCAGAACAAUGGAUUUCUCUUUCUCUUUCAUGCAAGGGAUCAUGGGAAACACAAUUCAGCAACCACCUCAACUCAUUGACUCCGCCAACAUCCGUCAGGAGGAUGCCUUUGAUAACAACAGUGACAUUGUUGAAGAUGGUGGCCAGACACCAUAUGAAGCUACCUUGCAGCAAGGCUUUCAGUAUCCACCUACAACAGAAGAUCUUCCUCCACUCACAAAUGGCUAUCCACCAUCGAUCAGCAUGUAUGAAACUCAAACCAAAUACCAGUCAUAUAAUCAGUAUCCCAAUGGGUCAGCCAAUGGCUUUGGUGCAGUUAGAAACUUUAGCCCCACUGACUAUUACCAUUCAGAAAUUCCAAACACAAGACCACAUGAAAUUCUGGAAAAACCUUCUCCUCCACAGCCACCACCUCCUCCUUCGGUACCACAAACUGUGAUUCCAAAGAAGACUGGCUCACCUGAAAUUAAACUAAAAAUAACCAAAACUAUCCAGAAUGGCAGGGAAUUGUUUGAGUCUUCCCUUUGUGGAGACCUUUUAAAUGAAGUACAGGCAAGUGAGCACACAAAAUCAAAGCAUGAAAGCAGAAAGGAAAAGAGGAAAAAAAGCAACAAGCAUGACUCAUCUAGAUCUGAAGAGCGCAAGUCACACAAAAUCCCCAAAUUAGAACCAGAGGAACAAAAUAGACCAAAUGAGAGGAUUGACACUGUGUCAGAAAAACCAAGAGACGAUCCAGUACUAAAAGAGGAACCCCCGGUUCAGCCAAUAUUAUCUUCUGUUCCAACAACAGAAGUGUCAGCUGGUGUUAAGUUCCAGGUUGGCGAUCUUGUUUGGUCUAAGGUGGGAACCUAUCCUUGGUGGCCUUGCAUGGUUUCAAGUGAUCCCCAGCUCGAGGUUCAUACCAAAAUUAACACAAGAGGUGCCCGGGAAUAUCACGUCCAAUUUUUUAGCAACCAGCCAGAGAGGGCCUGGGUUCAUGAAAAGCGAGUACGAGAGUAUAAGGGUCAUAAACAGUAUGAAGAAUUAUUGGCUGAAGCAACCAAACAAGCCAGCAAUCACUCUGAGAAACAAAAGAUUCGGAAACCCCGACCUCAGAGAGAACGUGCUCAGUGGGAUAUUGGCAUUGCCCAUGCAGAGAAAGCAUUGAAAAUGACCCGAGAGGAAAGAAUAGAACAGUAUACUUUUAUCUAUAUUGAUAAACAGCCCGAGGAGGCUUUAUCCCAAGCAAAAAAGAACGUUGCCUCCAAAGCCGAAGUUAAGAAAACACGAAGACCAAGGUCAGUGCUGAAUACUCAGCCAGAACAGACCGAUGCAGGUGAGGUGGCCUCCUCACCAUCAAGUACUGAAAUUCGGAGACAGAGCCAGAGGCGGCACACAAGUGUGGAAGAGGAAGAACCACCUCCUGUUAAAAUAGCCUGGAAAACGGCUGCAGCGAGGAAAUCUUUACCAGCUUCCAUUACAAUGCACAAAGGGAGCCUGGAUUUGCAGAAGUGUAACAUGUCUCCAGUUGUGAAAAUUGAACAAGUGUUUGCUCUUCAGAAUGCUACAGGAGAUGGGAAAUUUAUCGAUCAAUUUGUUUAUUCAACGAAGGGAAUUGGUAACAAAACGGAAAUAAGUGUCAGGGGACAAGACAGACUUAUCAUUUCCACACCAAACCAGAGAAGUGAAAAGGCAACUCAGAAUAUAUCAUCUCCUGAAGCAACAUCUGGUCCUACAGGCUCAGUAGAAAAGAAGCAACAGAGAAGAUCAAUUAGAACUCGUUCUGAAUCAGAGAAAUCCACUGAGGUUGUGCCAAAGAAGAAGAUCAAAAAGGAGCAGGUUGAAACAGUUCCUCAGGCUACAGUGAAGACUGGAUUACAGAAAGGUGCCAGCGAGAUUUCAGAUUCCUGUAAACCUCUAAAGAAAAGGAGUCGCGCCUCCACUGAUGUAGAAAUGACUAGUUCAGCAUACAGAGACACGUCUGACUCCGAUUCUAGAGGACUGAGUGACCUGCAGGUAGGCUUUGGAAAGCAAGUAGAUAGCCCUUCUGCUACUGCAGAUGUAGAUGUUUCUGAUGUGCAGUCCGUGGAUUCAAGUUUGUCAAGAAGAGGCAUUGGAAUCAGUAAGAAGGACACUGUGUGUCAGAUCUGUGAAAGCUCUGGUGACUCUCUGAUUCCUUGUGAGGGAGAGUGCUGCAAACACUUUCACCUGGAGUGCCUGGGAUUGGCAUCACUCCCUGAUGGAAAGUUCAUCUGUGUGGAAUGUAAAACCGGACAGCACCCAUGUUUUUCAUGUAAAGUGUCUGGUACAGAUGUGAAGCGUUGCUCUGUUGGUGCUUGUGGGAAAUUUUAUCAUGAAGCCUGUGUUCGCAAAUUCCCCACUGCCAUCUUUGAAUCAAAAGGAUUCCGCUGUCCCCAGCACUGUUGCUCUGCCUGUUCCAUGGAGAAAGAUAUCUACAAAGCAAGUAAAGGUCGCAUGAUGAGAUGUUUGAGAUGUCCAGUAGCCUAUCACUCUGGAGAUGCUUGCAUUGCUGCCGGAAGCAUAUUUGUAUCCUCGUACAUUCUCAUCUGUAGUAAUCAUUCCAAACGGAGCAGCAGUUCAUCCUCUGCCAUAAAUGUAGGCUUUUGUUUCGUUUGUGCUAGAGGGCUGAUAGUUCAGGACCAUUCAGACCCCAUGUUCAGUUCAUAUGCCUAUAAGUCCCACUACCUACUGAAUGAAUCAAAUCGUGCAGAGUUGAUGAAAUUACCUAUGAUUCCUUCUUCGUCAGCUUCCAAAAAGAAAUGUGAGAAAGGUGGAAGAUUGCUCUGCUGUGAAUCGUGCCCGGCUUCCUUCCACCCAGAAUGCCUGAGCAUAGAAAUGCCAGAAGGCUGCUGGAAUUGUAAUGACUGUAAAGCUGGCAAGAAACUACAUUACAAGCAGAUUGUUUGGGUCAAAUUGGGAAAUUACAGAUGGUGGCCAGCAGAGAUCUGCAAUCCCAGGUCUGUGCCACUGAACAUCCAGGGCCUUAAGCAUGACUUGGGGGACUUCCCUGUGUUCUUCUUUGGUUCUCAUGACUACUAUUGGGUACACCAGGGCAGAGUGUUCCCUUAUGUUGAAGGAGACAAAAGUUUUGCUGAGGGACAGACUAGUAUUAACAAGACCUUCAAAAAAGCACUGGAAGAAGCUGCAAAACGUUUCCAGGAAUUGAAAGCACAAAGAGAAAGCAAAGAAGCACUUGAGAUUGAAAAAAACUCAAGAAAACCCCCUCCUUACAAACACAUCAAAGCUAACAAAGUAAUAGGAAAGGUGCAGAUCCAUGUUGCAGACCUGUCAGAGAUCCCCCGCUGUAACUGCAAGCCUGCUGAUGAGAACCCGUGCGGCCUGGAGUCAGAGUGCCUAAACAGGAUGCUGCAGUACGAGUGCCACCCGCAGGUGUGCCCGGCUGGAGAGCGGUGCCAGAACCAGUGCUUUACAAAGAGGCUCUACCCUGAUGCAGAAAUCAUCAAAACAGAACGGAGAGGCUGGGGCCUCAGGACCAAAAGGAGCAUUAAGAAGGGUGAAUUUGUAAAUGAAUAUGUCGGUGAAUUAAUUGAUGAAGAAGAGUGCAGAUUGCGAAUCAAGCGAGCCCACGAGAACAGUGUAACUAAUUUUUAUAUGUUAACUGUUACCAAGGACCGUAUAAUUGAUGCUGGCCCCAAAGGAAAUUAUUCUCGCUUUAUGAACCACAGUUGUAAUCCAAACUGUGAAACACAAAAGUGGACAGUGAAUGGAGAUGUUCGAGUUGGACUUUUUGCUCUUUGUGAUAUUCCUGCAGGGAUGGAGUUAACAUUUAAUUAUAACCUGGAUUGUCUGGGCAACGGCAGAACGGAAUGCCACUGUGGAGCAGAGAACUGCAGCGGCUUUCUGGGAGUGCGGCCGAAGCCAACAUGUGCGUCAACAACUGAAGAAAAGGCCAAAAAUGCUAAAUUAAAGCAGAAGAGGCGAAAAAUCAAAGCAGAACCAAAGCAGAUGCAUGAAGAUUACUGUUUUCAGUGUGGAGAUGGUGGAGAGCUGGUCAUGUGUGACAAAAAAGACUGUCCCAAAGCAUACCACCUCUUAUGCCUUAACCUGACUCAGCCACCGUAUGGAAAGUGGGAGUGCCCGUGGCACCAGUGCGGGGAGUGUGGCAGCGCCGCCAUCUCCUUCUGCGAGUUCUGCCCGCGCUCCUUCUGUAAAGAUCACCGAGAGGGCGCUCUGGUUCCCUCGGCCCUGGAAGGCCGGCUCUGCUGCUCGGAGCACGACCCCGAAUCUCCUGUGUCGGCAGAGUACUGGAGCAAGAUCAAAUGCAAGUUGGAAUCGCAGGAUCGUGGAGAAGACCUGAGAGAAUAAAUGGGUGGUGAUUUCUUUUUUUUCUUUUUAUUGAAAUGACAAAAAGAAAAGAAAAAAGGGGAAUCGGUGACGCGUUAGUGGAAGAAGAGCCGGCUGCGGUGCGCGCGGCCUUGGCCUUCAGCGCUGCCUUACUGAAGUGCGAAUGGGGAGCCGGGUGGCGCGGGCAGGAGCAAUUGCUGGGAUCUGGUUCUGUUUUGUCAGCUUGCGUCCUCUUCUGUAGCGGGCCAGAUUCCCUUGGUCUUUUCUUGCCUUUUAUUGUGCUUCAAUGCCUUUGCAGCUGGAAAAAGAGAUGUCUUCGCUUUUAGAAGAGAAAGUUAUGUUAAUGAGAUAAAUUUGAAGUCUAGGAUGUGUUCCUUGGGUGUAAAAAGCAAAAGUAGCCAUCAUUCCUUUAUUUAUUUUCUUUUUUUUUUUUUUUUUUUUAUCUUAAGAAAUGUAGUCAGGUAGUCUGUUCAGUGUGCGUGUGCGUCUCACGUAGGAGCUGGAGCAGGCCCUCUGGAAAAGGCUCUGAUGAUCUUCAUAUACCUCUUUGCUGAGCAGUAGGGAGGCUGACUUCUCUUUCCCUUCGGAACGUCUUUCAUAGUCUCAGAGAAGGGCUUUAUGGGAGUAUUGGAUCUGGCCUCUUGAGAACAAAAUGCCUCAGUGGAUUUUACCUCUGUGGUCUUAACCUAGGUGGGCUUUAUGACGUGAUAACUCUACCUAGAAAGGAAUGUAAUGUGGUUUGGGGUUUUGGAGAAAGACAGAAGGGGGUGCGUUCACUGAGUUGGAAAUAUUUUCCAUUGAUCGUGGACAUUUUUGAUGAAGUGUGUUUAUGUGGACGUGAGUGGUCAUCCCCCCUCUAUCCUGGCACACUGACAAAGGCAGAUAAUGGGAGACGAGAGGCCCAGACCAGACACUGUAUCAUACAAGCACCAUUUUCUGUUCAGUAUAGUGGAGCCCCCUCGUCCAUCUUGGAGAGAAUUAAGGGCAUUUCCUCUCUUGUCUCUGCUCAGCCAUGUUUCCUAGUGGGAACUACACAAAUGAAUCUGAGCUGUAUCUGAGUAGGUUUCUUGGUUUAGUUCCUAAUUUGGGGGGCAGAAGGGGUAGGGGCAGCCCCAAGUUCUAUGUAGACAAUUUAUAUCUCGUAUUAUCUAGUAACCAACAUCGCCCCCAUUGAGGAAGGGGGACACUUCUACAGGGUAGGUAAGAGCCACACAAACACACUUCGUUGUAGGAAGCACUUAGGGAAGCUCCCGAGAAAGCAGCGUUAGCAAAAAUGGUUGGUGGUGAUGCUUGGAUCUCACAGAUGCAAGUGUACCAAGGUGUCUGCCCACAAAAUUCACUUGCAUUUCAUGUUUAGGAAUAUGUAUAUUCCAGUAUUCCUGGUAUGAAGUAAUUAGUCAUGUCAGACCUUGUUGUAACACUGUGCUAAGUAGAAGUCUAGGGCUAGCUUGAAUGAACUAUAACUUUCUCUGUGGAUUCUGACUGCUUACAGUUGCUGAUACCUGGUAGCAUUUAUUUUCCCUCAAGAAGUUUCUAGGAACCUUAUGAAGGUUGAGAGAGUAGAUGCUCGGCCACAUUCCUUCGGUUGUGUCACGCGUGUUCCUUUUUUCUUGUCAAUUUAGAGUUCUUCUCUGGAAAAAAGAAGAAACACUGUUUUGUGCCUCUUUUUUUAAUGUAAAUGUGUAAUCGUACUGGGUUUUCUCUUGUAAAAAAAAAACAAACCAAACAAAAACCACACUACACUUCCUUUACUUAAGCUCCUAAACUGCCAUUUGCCUGAUUCCAGCAAUUAAUUCUGAGGUGACUUCUUGGGCCUCCAGUAAUUCUAUUGAUCAGACAUGGUCCCAGAAGAAAGAGCAAAAUGGAAAAUGCUGUACGUGUUACCAAAUAUAAUUGCUAUGAGUAACAUGAAGUACAGCUUCACCAAAACACUAAACUCUUUGCAACAUAAUUGCUCUUGAGCAAUUAUAUGGUUUGAUAUCCUUUUAAAAAAUAAUUUAAGAAAAUCUAGGUUUUAUCAUACUAAAACUUUAUAUAUAUAUAUAUAUAUAUAUAUAUAUAUAUAUAUAUAUAUGAUAGAUGUUUGCUUUUUUAAACUUACUAACAUGAAGGAUUUCCUUUAACAUUCGAAGUGCAACUCUUGUUGAAAUAGUAUCAAACAUGAAAUCUUCUCUCCUUGCUUUGUUUCCAACUCAGUGCUAUUUAAUAUCUGAGGACUUUUCUACGGUAAGCCAGGGUACAUCCUCUGCACUGCAGGUACCUUAGGUUUAAGUAUUUUUAUGCAGCUUCUUCAUUGUGUUGUGUUUGGUUCAUGUAUCUGUAACAGCUCUGCUGAGAUUUCAUCGUUUUUGUUGGGGGUGGGGGGUAUCUAAUAGGAUUGUUCUGCCAUUUCAGAAAUCAGGGUAGAAAACAAAGUGGCUAACCACAGCUCUGGAGUCUUUGUCCGUGACUGCUCUUUAACAGUUCGAAAAGUGGCUUCGGUCCUGCCAGUGCCAAGGAGCUCUCCUCACACCUCCGUGGUGUCACUCCUGACCUCUUUCAUGUAUUUCCAAGUUGCAGGUGAUAGAAGCAGAGAGGGAGAGAGAGUUGCGCUCACUGCGCCUCGCCAGUGAGGUAUUCCAAAAGACGUGUCUCUCUCUCAGACUUAAGUUGGUAUUUGUUAACUUUUAAAUCUGUAUGUGUGGUCAGAGCAUAGAUGGUUGGUUUUUAUUCUUGUCCAAAAAUGAGAUAGCUCAUGGCAGCAUGGGAUAAUGGUGGUAUUUUUUUUUUUAGCCUCCUGUUAAUUCUUUGGAAGAAGAAGUGAAUGUAAAAUUUUUGAUCAUCAGCGUAAAGCUUCAGAAAUCAGACAGUAACAACUACAGAGGAAAUCCUGGAAGCCACCAGGCGUGUGCAGUGCAGGAAGGGGCUGGACCCCGGUCACAAGGGAGUCAGGAGGGCCGCCUGGGGCUGGGAGGGGGUGGCUGACCCUUCAUUCCUGGAAGGCCAAAGCAGCUGGAGGAAGUGAUUCACUCCUGUAAUAUCUAAUCAGGGCUAGAGUCAGGAGGGAGGUGGGUUUUAUUUUCGUUUUUAUCUUAACAAGUUCCUCCUCUACCUUAAUUGUCAAAAAUGAUGGCCUGAGCUAUAGAAUAGGCUGCCUUUUAGAAUCAUUGAAACUUGGAGCUGUGUGUUCAAGUCAGGACCAUAUCUUAAAUAAAUAAAUAAAUAAUGGCGGGGGAGGGGGGGGGUUGGUGGCUGCUCCUAGCUCCCUUCUGCCAUUUCCACAGACUAUUUGGAAACGUGCUUGUGAAAAAUGUUUUGAAAUUCUGAGAUAAUCAUGUAAAGGACUCUCAGGGCAGGCUGUUGGACACGUUUCUUUCAUGGUUCAUGAAGUAGAGUUUCCUUUUGGACUAGUCACGUGCUCUGUGCUCCACGGGCCGGACCCAGAGCUGCAGUGUGGAGGGUGGGGAGGCCGCUGUGCAGGGGGGAGUCUCUGGACUGCCCGGGAUUCGUGGCUCGUCCUCCACUUCCUUUUAAGUCCCACGCUCUUCCUUUAGCAUUCACCUUAAAGUCAAGGUGCUGCCACAUGCCACGUCCCGACAGGGUAAGGAAAUGAGUUGCCGUGGAGUCCUCAUGGCUUGGGAAUCUUACAUUUGAUGUGCUUCUCCGUGAGGUACCAUGACCUUGGGAAGUUGCUUGAUCGCUGGGCAGCGCAAAUUCCGCCCCACUUCCUUCUUCCAAGGCUGCGGCAUCUGGCCGCCCCAAGUCGUUGGGCCUUGUUGCUGCGACUUGACGAGAUCAUUGGGAACCAUUUCCUUUGGCCCAGAGCCACCUCGAAUUGGUCCCUGGUUAUCUGUAAACAAAGAGUAGAACUCCCAGUUUCAGAUGAGCUGGGGAAUAGAUGUAAUUAGACAGCUUUGCCAUGUAUUAACAAAUACUGAAAAGUUGGGAAUUUGUAUAUACUGAAAUCUACCGACUUUUACCUGGGGCGGGGACCGGGAGAGAAGGGGUAGAAUAGGGUGAGGGCGGGGACUGAUCAUGUUUACCACAGGUACGAAGUAGUCACUUUAACAUUGAGACCUCUGCCUCAUUGAAUUCAGGUUUUUUAAGUACUUGAAACUCUUCAGAUUCCCCUUAUUUUACAGUUAUUUUUAAAUUUAUGAAGUAGAAAGCAUUGUUUUGUAUACUGUUUUGAAAACAAAUAGCCUAGUCUCUUAUCCUCUUUAGCUUGGAUUAAAGGCAAAGUUCUGCAAAUGGGAGAGGGUGUCCACAGCAGAUAUCUCAGAUUUCAUGUAUGCAUUUGAGGAAGAGACUCUUGCAUGAAAUACCAGCACCAUUUUUAUGAAUAUUUCCUAUGUGUGUUCUUUAUUUUGUCAUUUUGUCAGCCCUAUCCCCGUGCACCUCCUCUUUCCUUUUAAUAUAUAUGCCUGUGUAGGGAAAAAAACAAAAAUUUGCACUUACGUUGCACUCCUGAAAUGCAGGGUGUAACCUGCGUGUUUCAAAAAACAUUUCCGUUCUUUUCUUGUCAGUCCAUUGCUUAGGUGACAAGUUCAGGUGCUUGUGGCACAUACGUGUGAAAGGGGAGGAGGAGGAGAGCGACCUGUGCCUCAGUAGCCCGUGCAAGUCCAUUACGUGUAAGACAAAGGGAAAAGAUAAACAGUUGCCAAAGUCAUUUAUUCAACCCCUAGUUUUCUUACGUGACCUUCUCCAUCUGCGGAUUAGCAAGAAAGCACCCUCGGGUGCCAGUGCGCCCUUCUCCCUGCCUGCUGCGGACCUCUGACUCGAGCUGGUGGCUCUCAGCAGCCAGCAGAUCCCCGAGAUAAGGUAUUCGUAAGGUAUUCUUGUCAGUUUAGGAGUGGACUGGAUAAAAUUUACUUUUCUACUUUUAUCUCAUUUGUGCUGUCACAUACCCUGUGUCAAAAAAGAAAAUCAUAUUGCCUCCGAUGACCAAGAUGCUAAAUGAUGAUUACAACUGGCUAAUAAUUAGGUCCUUUUUAUAUACAGGGGUGUGUGCAUAAUUGGAAUUGGUAUGAGAAAUUCAUUUGUAACCACUUGUGAUAUUGCACAACAAACACAGAUACCUACAGAUUCUGUUUUCAUUUUUCUUGUGAUCUUUAUCUAUGAUAAUGACCUUUGUAGAUUGGUUAUUUCUGUACUUUGUUUAUCUGUAAUAAACUUUGUAGAUCCUGUGAAAUGUUAUUUUGCCUAAAUCACUUGAGAUUUGAGUCUUUAAUAACAGAGCAUCAAUAUUCACUAAAGUCAAUCUCUUUUGGGUUUCUGUGGCUUGGCUAGAAGCUCUUGACACUAAGGGAUUAGUGUUCAUUUUCCCUGGGGGGUGUUCCACUAGGGCAUUACUGUAUAAUGACUUGAUGUUGCCACAUAGACUUCAAGAUACAUGAUAUUUUGGGGAUUUUGUUGAUCGACCUAUGUUUUACUGCAUAGUGUGAAACGUGUAAAGCUUGGUUAACCUGUAUAUAGAUAGCUUAUUGGUGACUAGUUACAGUACAUUUAGGAUUGCCUGUAAUUUUAAGCUUCUAACUACUGUGUGUGCUGGUAGGAACAUAAAUUUUUGUACAUUAUAUUUACUGAGAUGUUGCCUUUUUUUAUUUGACAACUACUUUGGAAUUCAGACGUGUUUUUUGCUUCCGUGAGGAUUAAUUUGGAAAGGUUCUUAAUGACAUUCCACUGAUUUCAGAUUUUGCUUGAGAUUGACUUCAAUAAAUUGUCCUGUAUGUUACAAAUUAAA